AUGCAAGCCAUGCUCAGUGAAAACACGCGGGACCCUCCGUUUUAUCUACAACGCUGUACUUCCGGCCACUUCCAGCAACAUCAGGAUCCCCCGACUCACGCCAAUCACAACGUCGGUGCCGUAUCCAAUCUCGUUCAUGGUGCUAACGUGGUCAACGACACGACAAGUGCUGCCCCUCGCCGAACGGCCACUUCUCGUCGUGCAGCUCCAUCAGAAGAUCGCCCCUUUGCUUGUCCUGUGCCUAGUUGUGGUGGACGUUUCCAUCGCAAGUUCACAUUGCACGAACACCUCAAGACCCACACGGGAGAGCAGCCACAUCAAUGCCCCGUUGCUGAAUGUGGAAAACGUUUUAGUACGUCCGGGAAUCUCGCGCGUCACCGGAAACUUCAUGCCAUGCGAAAAAUCAGUUGUCCAGCUGCACACUGUACGCGGGUCUUUACGAGUCGUGAAAAACUGGUGCCUCAUUUAAAGGUUCAUCUUGCACGUACACCUCAUACGUGUGACUUUUCUGGGUGUGGAAAGACUUUCAGUACUGCUGGCAAUCUCACUCGUCACCGACGUACGCAGCACAGUGCGGGUCCAUCGAUUCGACAGGAAGUAGUCCCUGUACUGCAGGGACCAAUGACGACGCUACCACGUCCAAAGUUUGAGUUCCCAGGCCGUAUUGCUCCACCUCCGACGGGAUCACUUCCAAUGCGAGGGCUACUUUGGUCACCUCAACCACCUGUUGAACACCCUCCUCAGCAACGCAUUUUGGAGUCGGACGUGCAAGAUUUAUUCGACUGUUUGUUUGUUGAGAACGCCCAAGCUGCUGCAGCAGCGGCAGCUCAAGGACACCACAAUGUCUCCAUUAUUAGGGACAGACUCCCUAAGCUCGACCUUCAGCGCGAAAAUAGGGCUCCGCAACACUCACACUCGCAUGCGCCGUACCUUACUGCUACAUACGAAUUUUAG